AUUUGAAAAUCGUAAACCGACCUUUCUCAGCCACCUCAGCCUCACCAAGGAUGAUGUCGUGGUUGUUCCAAGGUCCGAAGACGCACAGCAGCCUUUCUACUAUUGAGGACUUUGGCGAUCUUGAUGGCCAGAGAAAGUGCCGAGGCUGUAAACAAAUUCGGGCUCUUUUCGAUUUCCACAGGCGCCAUAACGUUCUACCACCCAAGGCUGUGACUUUUCACGAAGAUUAUGCCUCUCUCGACAGCUGUUCCCAGCUCUGCGUCACGUGCCGCAUUUUUCGGCAGGCGCUGCUUCUCGAAGGCGUUACUACCGAUCAUGCUGCUGUGUUGGAACGAUCUUCAGGGCCGGUUUGCGCGAAAUUGGUCGAUGAGGAUGGAGGCUUUGCGAUAAGGAUACACGUCAACACAGAGGGGGAAAGCAUGAUUCCGGUGGCGAUGGUCCGCUGUGCUCCGAUUAUGGACACGAAGCCUCCCAUGAAGCUGUCGAAAUAUUCAGAGGACGAUGCGAUCUUUCAGCAGAUCAGAGAUUGGCUCCGCGGGUGUGAACAGUGUCAUAUUGACUGUGGCAACCUCGCAUACUCGAAGCGCAGGCCUACUCGGCUUCUUCACCUGCUCUCUGACUCACGUGCUCGGUUGGUUGAUAGCGAGAGUCUCGUUAUGAACGGCAAGGCCCCUCGUUAUGCGGCUCUGAGCUAUUGCUGGGGGACUGGCACGCUCAGUGAGGAUGAGAACAAGCUAGUUGAACAGGGACAGACGCUGAAGGCUAACCUGGAGAGUCGAUAUCGACCGUUUGAAACUGGAAAUCUUCCAAGCACGGUACGCGAUGCUAUCAAAAUUACCCGGCGGUUAGGCGACCCAGAAAACGGACUUGAGCUAUGCUUGCUCUGGGUUGACUCAUUGUGCAUCAUCCAGGAUGAUGUUCAAGAUAAGGAGGUGGAGAUACACCGUAUGCAGGAAGUCUACGGCAACGCAGCUGUCACCAUAUGCGCAACAAUGACGACCAAGGCCACGCAGUCGUUGCUGAUGCCUCGUCCUGCGUGGUCAAAGCAAGUCAAACCAUGCCGCAUCGGCGACUCCUGGCUUACCGUAAGCCCUACGGCGCCUGCUGAUCUCCGCGCAGGGGCCGCGCUGUCUCUUCGGGCAUGGACACUUCAGGAGGAGCAUUUGUCGCCGCGGCUACUUUUCUGGGGCGGUCAGCAAUUCAGCUGGGCGUGUGGACGUGGCGAGUUUGUUGAGGAGACUUCUUCUUCUACCUAUCCUCAUUCUUCUACUACUCACGUACGCAAAUUUCUUGCCGAGUGCCGUACAUCGGAACCUGAGGAGCUCUGGCUUGCAUGGAACUCUAUAGUAGAGUCAUUUACGGCUCGGAGCCUGAGUAACCCGACAGAUAGGUUCAGUGCGCUCGCAGGACUGGCCACGCGAUAUUUGGCGGCUGUUUCUGGGUACAAUGAGUAUAUGGCAGGUUUAUGGCGGGCAACAUUUGCGCAAGAUCUCUCUUGGCGUGUUUCUAAAGCAUCUGGGCCCGACGUAGGAUGGCCAGGCACGGCAGGAGCCCCGAGUUGGUCUUGGGCGAGUCUUCCUAUCGGCUUAGAGGCGCGCAUGUGGCCCGAAUUUGACAUGCUGACCGAGAUGGAGCUGCUCGACGACGGUCCUAGUUUGCAUAUCGAGCCAUCAGAGGCGGUUGCUCGAGGGGCCAAUUUGAGUCGUGUACGUGUCCGAGGGCUUCUGAGAAAUCUUUGGAGUCCCGGAUCACAGCUUCGGGAGUGGGACGACAUUUGUGUUUGCGUGGACGGCAUCAACAAGUUCAGCUUUGCUUCCGACCCGGGCCAGGAUAUCCACGCGGUCGAUCGCCUCACGGGUAACUUAGUUGCAUACGAGGCACGGAAGCAACAGAUCGUCGCCGAGUUGGACUACUGCAGGCUGGCGGAGGACAUUAAUGAGGGACUGUUAUUGGAGGUUCACUGUCUUGCCAUCUCUGAGCAUGCUAUGCUUCUGCUGCGCCAUCAGAAUGCCACGGGUGCUUUCCAGCGAAUAGGCAUUGGCUUUGGAUAUCGACGGGAUUUAUUCAGAGGGCUGGCGAAGUUAGAAAUUCUUCUAGAAUAG